AUCUGUUAGUGUAGGGGCUGGGGAUUUAGCUCAGCGGCAUAAGCGCCUGCCUUGCAAGCAGGCAGUCGUGAGUUCGAUCCCCGGUUCCGAUAAAAAGUAAAAGACAAAAAAAAAAAAAAAAAUGCCAUACACAUCUGUUAGUGUAACCCUUCCCAGCCCUGGUGUUCUUUGGAGACCCCCGAAACUCCUUGUCUAUAUAGCGCUUCAGUUAAUUUUUUUUUUUUUGUACCAGGGAUCGAACUCCUGACCUUACACUUGCCAGGCAGGUGCUUUUGCCACUGAGCUAAACCCCCAGCCCCCAGUUAAUACGUUAAUAAGUAUGUCAUCUAGAACCGGCAGAGGUCCUGAAUAAGACCUGUGAAAACCACAGCAAUGGCUGCAGCUGGAAAGAAGUCUGGGCCCAGUCAUCUUUCACAAAUGUGGACUAUAAGGGCCGUAAAAACGAGUGCCCUGUUCACUGCAGGAGGGAGUCACAGAGUGGAAAUGAACCCAGUUUCUUUACAUCCUAUCCAGUGAUCCUAACUAGAAGUCAAACACUUAAGAGUACUUCCCUUACUCCCAGGAGGAAGACAGACCUUCGGUAAACCACCACUUUUGGUGAACUUAGAAAACGGGGGACCACCACCCCCCCAUUUUGUGGUGGGAAGCUAGAGAGCCCCUCCUAUGGUGCCUCAGCUGGGAGGCUGUAGAAGUUAGAUUCUGGGGCUAAGCGCUGAGCCCAGCCUGGUUUUAGGAGUACGGCGCUAGCCUUGGGGGACCAAGUAGGGGUCAGAACCAUGGACAGCGCCACGGGCCUGCUUCCAAUGGGAAGCGGAAACCCCGGGAUUAGCCGGGUGUCAAGACCAGCUCUCCUCACCACUAGCUGUUCUAAGCAAAGCGGAGGACACGCGUGGUCCUGGGACAACCCUUCUGGCUCAGUCUCGUCCCAUGCCGCUUCCAGCGCUGGCCCCAGGGACACGAGGGCUGGCGUCCGGUGGGGCGUCCCUCUGUUGCAGCCGGAGCUGCCGCUGUCAUUGUUUCUACAGUCAGUGCGUGUUCUCUUCUGACGUCAGAGUUGUCCUGGCGCUAUAUAAGGCUGGCGGCAGUCCCGGGACAGACCCCGUGCUCCCCAAGGCGCCUUCGGCCCGCCCCGAGGCGCAGACGCUGGAGCUCCGCCUUGCACCAGCAGACGCUCUUCAACAACCUGGCCGGCGGCACCAUGAGGCAGGCGGGACGUGCGGCGCUGGCGGUGGGGCUGCUGCUGCUCCUGGUGCAGCUGCGCCCCGGGAGCGGCCAGUGGAGUCCGGUGUCGGCGACGGCGGCAGCCGGGGUCCAGGACCCGAGUCUGCGAUGGAGCCCCGGGGCGCGCAGCCAGGGCGGCGGGGCCCGCGCGCUGCUCCUGCUGCUGGCCGAGCGCUUCCCGCGCCGCGCGGGGCUGGCCGGCUGGGGAGCCGCAGGCGCCGGCGAGCGGCCGCGACGGGACGACCCCCCGCUGUCCAUCGACCUCACCUUCCACCUGCUGCGGACCCUGCUGGAGCUGGCCCGGACGCAGAGCCAGCGGGAGCGCGCCGAGCAGAACCGCGUCAUAUUCGACUCGGUGGGCAAGUGACGCCGGGCGGGGCCGGGCCGGGAAACCGCGACCCUCCCCACCCGGGUGGCCGUGUCUGGCCGGCUGGACCGGGUCCGCGGCGCGGAGCAGCCCGGAGACCACCCGAGCGCUCUGCGUGGCUAUUUUUUUUUUUUUUAAUAAAAAUGCUAAAGAGCC